GCUCAUCCAAACACACUACAAUUGAUUUGAAAGUUAAGAUGGAUUCUAAAUAUAAGAUUUGUGAUUAUUUGUGAGUAGCUUCUACAUUUCCGAAUUAAUUUUAGUUGGUAAAAGCAUCUGCCACCUCUUGCAUGCUUUGAAUUUGAUCUAGUCUUACUCCACACUUUCCAUACCCUAUUGCCCCCUUAUCAUCUUCUCCUCCUUCAUUCCCUUUCUUCCUUAAUACUCCUCCAAACUCCACCUUUUCUGAUCAGAACAAUAUUAAUCUAUGCAUAAGAAUUUGUAAGGAAAAAAGAGAACUAAAAAGAAACUAAAUCUCUUGCAGGAAAAAAAGAUGGUUCAUUGGAUACAUGUUGCGGUGGUAGCAGCCACCACGGGGAGUAUUGCAACCCUUUUUCUGGUUUUCAUGUGGCGCCGGUGUCAUCACAAGAGAGAUCAUCUUGAUCAGAGGAGCAGGAAACAAGGCAAUUUUUUUGUGUUUCAUAAUGGAAGAGGAGAUUUGUUCAGCUGGGCUGAUCAUCCCUACCUUGCUGCUGAUGCUGUUGAAAAUGGAUGGUCUAGAUUUGCAUUCACCAGCUACAAUAGCAACAUAUCAUCAUCUAGUUCAAAGAGAUCAACCAUUUUAGGAGCAUGUGCAGCUGGUGAAAAUGGAAGAGAAUCUGAGGCUGAGAUAAGCUGGGAUGUGUGUCAUGGAUCAAGUGAAUUUAUGCAGAAGAUAAGGCUCAAUUCUGGGUUGAAGAAAGAUGUCCAUCCAAAUUACAACUCUUCCAUGAGUGUUGCUUCUUCUGUCAUUAGAGCUGCUCUGCCUCUACCUGGCCCUCCAUUGGGAAACUAUGCAUUCCCACAAGAAGCCUAUUUUGAAAUCACCAUCUUGAAUUCUCAAGGUGAUGAUCAUGAUCAAGUGGUUAGGAAGAGAGAAGGGGAGAAGACAAAACUCCUCAUUCAAGAUGGUUCAAAUGCUAAGAGUAAUUUGGGCAAUGUUGAGGAUAUGAAACUUGAUGGUACAGAGGGUGGGAAGAGUGGUUCAGUGAUGUUCUCAUUGGGUUUAACAGCAGGAGGAGCUGUUCCUCUAAGAAUCCCAGGCACCUACCCUAGGAGCAUUGGAUUCAACUCAAAUGGUUCUGUCUUUUUUGAUGGAAUGAAACUUAUAUUGGAAUCUGAGAAGGCUCAAUGGGCAGGAACCAAUACAAUAGCUGGCUGUGGAUUUGAUCCAAGAAUGAAGAAGGUUUUCUUCACAUUAGGCUCAGAGUUAGUGCAUGUGAUUCACUGUCAAUUAGUGGAAUUUGGCACUCCACUUUUCCCAACUUUGGCUGCAAACACAGACAUUGAGGUUUUAGUUAAUUUUGGACAAAGUGCAUUCAAAUAUGCACCUGCAAAUGCAAACAGAACACCAAAUCCAUGCUUCAUAGCCCCACUUGUGUAUUCUUCUGGUGCUACCCUGGGCUAUGAUGACAGCAAGGAGCUAUUCUCCAUGGGAAGGAUUGAUUCUCAGUGGCUUAAUCAAUCCACACCCAAAGGGAAUCACAGUAAUUAUGUGAAUAACAAUCGAGCUUCCGAGUUUGAUGAGGAAUCAGAGGCUGAUCUAUUUGAAAUUGUGUUGGAUGGUUCUGAAAAAUCUCCAAAAUCAUAGCUUGUAGUUGUCAAAUACUCAAAUGUAGUUGUCUUGUCUUUGGGAAUUAACUUUGUUGCUGCUUGUUCAAACAUUUGGCACAGGCAUCAACUUCAUUCGGAAGCAUCUCAGCAUCAGCAAGAAGGGCUUAAAAGAAUCAAUGCCUAUACAUGAAUAUUCAAAACACAACACAGAAAGAGAUUCUCAUGUACAUGGAGAUUUUUUCAUCACUUGCGGAGGCUUUAACACUGGCUACUAACUAGUUAUACAGUUUUGGUAUAUUAAAUGUUUUUUCUCCUUUGAUGGCUAAGCAUAUGGCUUUGCUUCUUAGAAGAGAACAUUCUCACUUCAGUGUAAAUAUUAUCCCAAUUCAUUUAUCUUAAA